CCACGCCAGGAUCUGAUUCAAGAAAAACGUCGAGUGUCCACGGAACAAUAAUGCGGCGCUUGAACAAUCUGGUGACCCUUUUCACUGCCAUUACUGCCUUCUUUUUUGGCAGUUUCAUAACAAGAAUACUGAGUUCAGUGGACAAAUGCCCGUCCCACCGGGGUGGAGUGCCCAAAUUGGAGCCGCAUCCGGAUCUGUUUCUCAUGGUGCUAGUGCUGAGCAGCCCCCGCAACGUGGAGCAACGGAAUGGCAUUCGAGAGACCUGGCUGCGAUUGGGGCAGCCGCUCCAGCAACCAUACUAUCCCGAAGAACUCAUCUACCUGCCUACCUACGGGCCCAAUGGGCACUUGCAAAUGGAAUUGGUUACGCAGCAGGCGGACCGCUUAAAGAAAUAUAUCAGCUGGCAAGCAUCAAGCAAGAGUUCAGAAAAAACUCGGCGGAAGAUCAAGGUAAAGCAUCUCUUCGCGAUUGGCACUGAGCAGAUACCCAGCGGCCUGAAGUCCGAGUUGAUGAGUGAGCAAGUGCAGCACAACGAUCUAUUGCUGCUGCCACGGCUCGCAGACACUUACGGCAAUUUGACAGAGAAACUGUUGCAGGCUCUGGAUGCUUUGACGCAUCACUUCAAUUUCUCCUAUCUGAUGAAAGUGGACGACGAUACCUACGUCAAAUUGGACCAUUUGCUCAAUGAGCUGAUUUCGUACGAUCGCAAGAUGCUGCGCAAGACACCCGAAUACGGGCACGAGCCCCUGCCGCAGCUCUAUUGGGGCUACUUCAAUGGUCGUGCAGUGGUCAAGGGAAAAGGCCCCUGGAAGGAGUCGAACUAUUAUCUGAGCAAAAACUAUUUGCCCUACGCUCUAGGCGGUGGAUAUGUGCUAUCCCGAAAGCUCUGCGAGCAUGUCGUUAAUAAUUCCCAUGUGCUCUCCACGUACGUCUCGGAGGACGUAUCGAUUGGGACCUGGCUGGCGCCGCUGCGGCACGUUUAUCGCUGGCAUGAUCCUCGCUUUGAUACUGCCUACAGAGCUCGCAAGUGCCAAACGUAUCACUUGCUCCUGCACAAGCGUACCGAGGAAAUGAUGAGAGCCAUCUACCACGGGCAACCUUGUAGCGGAAUUGGACCAAGUACCCUAAAGGAGUACUACUACGACUGGACGCGAAACUCGGAAAAGUGCUGCGAUAGCAUAGUUGUCUAGAGGAAAGAAAUCAGCUUACCUGUGCUUAAUCAGC